AGACGACUGUAUUAAAAUGCCGCUGCUGCCUUCUACAAUACGUAAAAUAACUUACGGGGGCUGCUUCAGACAGCUAGCUCAGCUUACGUUGCUAGCUCUGCCGUUGGGGUAUGAACGUUGAAGAUAAUCUGCGCAGCAACUAUUUUUCAUGUAUGACAGAUAGCUGGCGAACUUUAUUAGAUACUAUCGGAUAAUACCAGUGUUUUUACAUUUUAUUAUUUGUCUUAUCGUAAUAUUUUACAUUAAACGCAUUAAAUUGUUGCACACUUGGCUUGCCGAGAGCUGUCGUCAUCAUGGUCCUAGAGCCGUCCCCCAUCCCGCUGCCCGUCAACAGCAAUCACCGCGUCUCAGUAAAUGCAGCCGCGUACCGUGACAUUGUGGACCAACUAUUAAUGCCCUGAGUCUGCUGUUAAGAUGGCCUCUCCUCAGCCUGGCAGUCCACCUCUUGCAGAGCAGUACACCCCUCCUGUGCAGGAGGAUGAAGAGAGUCAACAAGAUGAAGAAGUGGUGAGGGAUCAGUCUGCAAAAAAGCGUGGCAGAGGCAGGCCCCCAAAAGCUAAACCCCUCUUCAAAUGCUCUUUGUGCACAGAGGCUUUCAAAAAUCUGUCAGCUCUGCGGAGCCACAAACUUUCAGCACAUGUGAAGGAACGUCAGCAGCAGCACCCGUGUUCUGAGUGUAGUAAAACAUUCUCAAGCAAAGCUCAACUCUCAAAGCACGAGCGCACUCACUCGGCCCUGCGCCCCUUUCAGUGUCCUGACUGUCACAAGGCGUACAAGACGCCAACAGAGCUGCGCAACCAUAGCCGCUCUCACACUGGAGAGAAACCCUUUGUAUGCACAGAGUGUGGUAAAGCCUUCAUGCAGGCUAUUUGCCUGAGGAUCCAUAUGACGCAGCACAGUGGGGAGCGUCCUUACUCUUGCCGUCAGUGCUCCAAGAGCUACCCGACGCUGUCCAAACUGAAGGUGCACAUGCGCUCUCACACCGGAGAGAAGCCGUACUUUUGUGCCGAGUGCGGGAAGAGUUUCGCAGAUCCUUCGGUGUUCCGGAAACACAGAAGGAACCAUCAGGGCCAUCGGCCUUACGCCUGCGACGUGUGCGGAAAAACGUACACAGAAUUGAAGGACCUGAAAAACCACGAGCGCUCCCACACUGGAGAAAAACCGUACCUGUGCUCAGAUUGUGGCAAAGCUUUCUCACGCUCUUCCUCUCUGGCUUGCCAUCAGCGCAUCCACUCCCAGAAUAAACCAUAUCAGUGUGAGCAGUGUGGUAAAGGCUUCACUCAGCUGUCCUCCUACCAGUCUCAUCUCCGCACUCACUCUGGUGAGAAGCCGUUCCUCUGCCCACAGUGUGGCAAGAUGUUUUCCGACCCAUCCAGUUUCCGUCGCCACCAGCGUGCUCACCUGGGUUUCAAGCCUUAUCCCUGCGAUAAGUGCUCCAAGAGGUUCCGGCAGCCGGCUGAUCUGGCCGUGCAUGAGCGCGUUCACUCUGGAGAGCGACCUUACAAAUGCCAGAGCUGUGACAAGGCCUUUGUUGCUUCCUGGGACCUGCGGCGUCACAUGCUUGUCCACACCGGUCUGAGGCCCUUCUCAUGCACUGAGUGUGACAAGUCAUUUGCAGAGCGCUCCAGCCUCAACAAGCACCGCCGUGUGCACUCUGGAGAGAGGCCUUUCAAAUGCGAGGAGUGUCUGAAAUCAUUUGUUGUAUCCUCAAGCCUUCGCAAACAUGAAAGAACUCAUCUAGCUGAGCAGUCUGAGCAGCAGCAGCAGCAGCAGCAACAACAACAACAGCAACAACAACAACAACAACAACAGGAGACAGAGGCUGGAUCAGCCUCAGGCUUCACAGCCCACACAACUCUCCCUCAGUUCUCCUGCACACACUGUGAUGCUACAUUUGGUACCUGGGAUGAAGUUCAGGCUCACGAAAAUCUUCACCCCGUUGACUCUGCUCCUUCGUCUGUCACCAAAAUUGUGCCCCUGGGAUCGCAUGUCUGUGAAACCUGCCAUGCAGAGUUUGCACAGCUGGCAGAUUUGCAGGAGCAUGAGAAGCAGCAUCCCAAGCCGAGGCCACAUGUCUGCAGCAGCUGUGGCAAAGGCUUCCUCAACAAAUCUGGACUGCGCAAACACCAGAAGAUCCACUCCACCAGCAAACCUCACAGCUGCCCCCACUGUGGCAAAGCCUUUCUGUUCGCUGCCUACCUUCGCAAGCACUUACGGACUCAUGCAGACGUUACAUCAGCAGCCACCCUCAGUGAGCUAAACAUUAUUCACACAGACCCUCUCCCUUCUCCUCCCCCCAGUGAGGUUUCUCCCUCCACUGUCGAACCCAGCGCUAUAUCUCUGACGGUUCCAGUGACUGUACCUGUGACCGCUUUUCAGACUCUUCCAGAGUACUUAGUCAAAGAGGAGGGACUUUAAACGUGUUUUUUGUUUUUACUGUUUUGUAAUUUUACCUCCACAUACUUUUAGCCAGUGGCUGUACAUCUUUAUUAGAUGAUGGGUCAGAAAUGUUCAACGUAGCCUUUAAAAAAUUCUAAAUAGUCUGUUUCAUGUUGUGUCGUUAGCAUUGGCUCAUGUUUUGUACCGCCAUUAUAUUUGAAGUGUUACAUAUGACUGUUUUAAAAUAUAUACUGUACUAUAAGUAUCCCACUAUGAAACUGUCUUAUCUGUUGUAAUAUCUUCAUUACAGUGUAUUGUGGCAAAAACACAGUAUAUACCAACCACUGUAAAUCAUCAGUAAGAUAAAUUUCCUGUGAUUUAAGGUGAAUAUGUUUUUAUAAUAUAUUUGUAAUUGCAGCUUGUCUUAAAUUUUUUUUGCAGUCUUUUGUUUUACAUUUUGUUGAAAAACAAUUUCAGACUGUGUAACAGUAUUGUCUGAUUAUUAUAAAAUUGUAAAAUUUUUAAAAAUCAGUGGCAUUAUAAAGUAUUCAAUCGAAGACAUAGCGCUUUUAUACAAAUAAAAUAUGUGAUGUGUAACUCAUGGUAAUGUUCUGUUCUGUUUUUCUACUGUUCUGUUUUUGUUAGACUUGUAUUUUGUACAUCAUUUUGAAAAAACUCACACAUGUACUUGACGAUGACACUUUUUAGAACACAUAAAAGACUGAAUGCAAAGUAAAAGUGGUUUUGUUCCAUUAGUGGACUGCUACUCUUAGAGGUAACCUUUCAAGUACUGCAUAUGUCUCCUUGAAAUACAUUAAGACUCAUGCACAAACAGAGCUUUAUGCAUUUUCUGUGACAUUUAAGGAUGUUUACAAGGAAAGAUUUUAUGAUGAAUGCUGUCAUGCUUCUUUAUAAUCAAGGACUAGUAUAUAUGUGACAUAAAGCAAUUUUAUUGACACAUGCACUGCCAAUUAUUUUAAAGCAUUUUUGCGUUCAAAUUAGACAUUUUUUAAGAAGCUAUACUGCUUCCUGUAGUGUCUUCCAGUACACCAUUUUUUGUUAGUAGUUUUUGUCUCUUUACUGGCUCAUGUUAAAUAUUUAAUUGCUUCAAGUAUUGUCUUCUUGUUCUAGCUUGGCUAAAUCUGAUUUAUGUUCACUAUCAAAUUAGACAUGCACGAUUAGACGUAAUAGACUCCAUUAGACUGUGUUCACUAUGUGCCUCACUUGUCUCAUAUUUUAUUCUGAAAAAACAGCUGAUUUUAAGUGCUAUAACAAACUAAAUCUAAAAUUCAUGGCGAAAAAUAUCUAUCAUGAUAUGUAAGUGAGACUCAAAGAUGAAAUGAUCUGUCACAAAAAUAACUGUGUAGUUACAAUUUUGGAGUGUGUUCAGUUUUUUAGCGCUGCUCCCCGUGGUUUGGCUUCCUGUGACUCCACCUGCACCGGACACAGCAUCAUCAUCAGCUUCAUCUGUGAACAGGACCAACAGGACUCAUGGAGGUGAUUGACCUUCUAUCUCCGGUCAAUGACCCAGAGAAGGAGCUCCAGAUGAAGGUAGGAUGUGGCCACUGACUCCUGAUGCAAGAUGGGCAUAGAUCUCCACAUAGAGACAGUUUAGGCCUUUGCCUGCUCAGCAUCACUGCCCCUAUUCCGGUUAAAGCCUGAUUUGUGUGUGUUCUACUUUUCUGGAGCCUGCCGACAUUGAAAACGGGUCCAUACUAAUGCUCCACAGGCAUCUGCUCAGAGUUACAUAUUUGUGUUAUGAGGGUCGCCCAGAGAAACACAUGUGCAAUUAUGAUUUGGCUUCUAUCCUCCGGCAUGAUUAUUACAGUACUUGUUCAGUCAUAUUUUGUCAAUUCACCGCUGUCUACUACCUUAGCAACUUUUAAAUAUUGACAUUCAGCUUUUUUUUCUUUGCAUCAUUCUGAUUUAGAUGUACAGAUGUGAACUUAAAGUCACUGCAAUCGUACUGGUACAUCUACGAAACACCAAGCAGUGCACAUGUUCUAUCUGUAUAAAGAAUAUGCAUAAAUCGAGCUGCUUUUGUUUGCUUAAUUUUCCUCCUGCAUGUGUCAAAAGGUACAUUGCACACACACAUUAAAAAUAAUUUCAGUUAAUCUGCAUAUUUAUUGUUUUUUAAGUUUGUUGUGAGACAUAUUUUGCAGACACCAAAAAAUCUGGGUGUUCACCACAUGAUGGUGUUUCUGAAUCAGGUUUUUCCUGUAGGCUUCACUGACAGAGUCAAAUACACACCUGUAUUUACUGUAUAUCUUUUCAGCAGUUUUCAUGCGUAAUGCUAAAAAUGACUAAAAAAAGAGUCUAAAUCUGAGAAAAGAGUUGUGCAAUUUACUUUCAUAAAAUAUUUACAUUGUGAAAUAUUUGAAUGAUAUUAAUUCAGCCAGAUAAUCAGGGUCUAACUGCACCGUUAAGCAUCGACAUUUAUGACUUGAGCUGCUUCCAGCGAGGUGAAAGGUGGAGGGAGACUGUUGGCUAGAGUUUCUGUUUAUUCUUCAGCGAGAUGGAUUUUCUAUUGCUGUGCUUCAUGCUGUAGAGCAGUGCUGCACCGGCAUCUGUUAGAGACUGGUGGGAGGGGGAAGAACGGACAAAUUAAGAAAAGUUCAGCAAAAAUGGGCAGAACAGUAAGUACCCUUAUAAGAAGCAAUCAGAAAUUGGCCUGGAUUACCUGUGAGUCUGAAAUAACUGAUUUUCUCUGGAACAAAAAAAAGAAUCAAGUGUUUAAAUGCGGUGAUUUUACAGUAAUGAGAGGCACUGAAUGUAAUAAAAACACCCGAAAUGCUUACCCUUGUGAAGUUAUGUAUGUUGUUGUAUAUCGGCUCCAUGGUUUUUACCCAAUCUUGGUAUAUUUGUUUGUCCUCUGCACUGCGAUUAUGCUCUCUGCAAACAGACAGACACUUUGUGUAAUUUACUACCCCUCAAGCCUAAGAAAUUUAAUAUUAAUAACAGACGCAAACAGCAUGUAUUCAGACACACACUGUCUUUUUACUGAUCGAAGUAAUCACAAAGGAUAAAAAAAAAUCAUACCAUUCAACAAACCAAAAAAUAAACUGAAAAAUCACACUGUGUGGGAACUUCUUACAAACUUUGAAUUACAAUAAUGUUCACCAGGCUGAGAUAAAAUAAUUCUUAAAACCAUUUAAAAUUCAGACUUUUCACACUAUGUGAUGGCAAAAAUUAUUUUACUUUUUAUUUUACCAUCACAUUUAUUGAACUAUUUCUUGUGUGUUUUACUUUCAGUGUUGGGAUUGUAACUCAAAAAAGUAAUGUGUUUCACAUUACUGGAGACAGUUUCAAAAAGAAAUGCAUUUCUUUGCUUAUUUACAUGCCCUGUCUGAAGUAAUUUAUUAUACUUACAAUUUUUAUUACUUUUUCUUUCCUCCACAACAUCACCUAAGAUGCACUGUCACAUUCAUAAUCUAGUGUUAAACCUUAUAUGUGUCAACAUAUCAGCACAAAUUCCUCUCCUAAAAAGAAGGAUAUCCAGUGCUAUAAAAAGUAUUCCCUCUGCCCCUUCAAAAUUUUUCCCUCUUAUUGCUUUUCAACAUUGAAUUGUGGUAAAUAUAAUUCGUUUUUUGGGACGAAGUCAAGAAAAUUGAUUAAAGCAAAACUUGAAUGUAAAAUAAGAAAUUGCGUGAGUAUUCUACCCCUGUGAAGUGCUAAAAGUCAUAUAGUUUGUGAAAUGAAGAUCAUGAGUGCAGUGAAUAUAUCUCAAGCGAUUAUAGUAUAAAGACACCUGUAUCUGGAAGGUCCAGUCACUGGGCAUCAGAGAUACGCUGAAGUCAACUGGAAGAGGGUUGUUUGGUCUGAUAAAACCAAAAUUGAGCUUUUUGGCCAUCAAACUACAUGCUAUGUUCAGCCGACAACAAACACCACACAUUAUCACAAACGCACCAUUCCCAUUGUGAAGCAUGGUGGUGGCAGCAUCAUAAUGUGGAACUGUUUCUCAGCAGUGGACCCUGGAAGGCUUGUAAGAGUAGAGGGGAAAAUGAUUACAGUUGAAGUUUUGGGAAAUUCUGAUGCAGUCUGAAAGAGAACUGCAACUUGGAAGAAGAUUUGUUUUUCAGCAAGAAAAUGAUCCGAAGCAUACAGUCAAAGCUACCUAGAAAUUGUUUAAAGACAACAAGGUGAAUGUUCUGGAGAGUCAGAGUCCAGAUCUUAAUCCAACUGAGAAUUUGUAGCUUGAAUUGAAGAAAGUUGUUCACUCACAAUCCCUGUGUAACCGAACAAAGCUUAAGCAGUUUUGUAAAACAAAACGAACAGGGUAAAACUGCAGUGUCCAGAUGUACACAGUUGAAUGAGAAACAACACAGGCUCGAUAAUGUAAUUUUAACCAAAGGUGCAUCUCUUAAAUACUGACUUGAAGGGGUUGAAUCCUUAUGCAGUGACAUUUUAAUUCACACUUGAACCUGUUUUAUCGCACUUAUCCAGGUUGUCUUCUCCUAAGUAGAUCCUUGCUUGUGUUGUAUCUACUCUCAGAUGUAAGUCGUUUUGGAUAAAAGCAUCUGCUAAAUGAAAUUGUUUAAUUGUAAUUAUUUGACAUUGCUUUUGAGAAAUCUGCCCCCAAAAACAAUCAUUUCUUGUUAUUUUUUUGCCAAAAAAAAAUGACUCAAUGUUAAAAAGCGGUUAAAGGGAGUAAAUUCCAACAAGGCUGAAUAUUUUUUAUAGACACUGUACACAGCAUAUUUCCUUUAAUGUAUUGUCACAAAGCCAACAACAAAGUUGGCGAAAACUCAUCCAGUUUAUGAAUAGUAAUGAUUACUGCUUUAAUGUGAUGUAAUGUGAUUACAAUGAUGCAUUACAUCCGACACUCGUCCGUCUCCUUGUCUUUUGUUGGUGCUGAAUGAAAUGUGUAGAAUAAGCCUUCAUUAAAUCCUUUUGUCAGACUUCAGCAUGAAGUGAUUCUCAUUUUACAUGUUGGCUAAUGCUGCCGCCAGUCAGACGUCCCUGCUGUUACUCACAUUGCUCUCUCAAUAAGCUUCCUCUGCAGCUCUCCUUCCUCUCUGGCGUCGAGAAAGCGGCCUCUGAUUGCCAGAGCGGCGCUGGCCUGUGACGAGUUGAGCUGAAUGAUGGCCAGAGACAGAGAGGACAGGACCGUCGAGCUGAGAAGGAGUUUCACACGUGAUCUAAGAUUGGCAUUUAAGGUUUGCUUGGUUGUCAACAACAGAAAUCGUCACAUCUUGCAGUCUUUCAAGACCUGGCAGGACACAACAUUCCUGAGAAAUGCAGCACAACUGCAUCUGAGACUGAGAAGAAUUUCUUUUGACAACCUCCAGAGAAUGCAGAAUGCCAGGAGGUGACAGACACAGCAGAAAGUAACAGCCUUGUGCCUCUUUGAAGGAUUUCUUCGAGCUGCCGUCCAGGACCUGCUGCCGAGAAGCAUUCCCACAUCAUGAUGCUGCCACCACCAUGCUGCACAGUGGGGAUGGGUGUGUUUAUGUGCUCAGGUGAUCUGUAUUUCACUAAUUGUGUGACUUCUUGCACCAACUGGCUGCAUCUGUGUUGACUUGCUGGAGUCACAUUAAAUAAGGUAAAUACUUUAAUUUCUCAUUAUGAAUUAUUUGACUUUAUUAUGUAAAAAUCUGUUCUUUUUUUGACACAAAAGUCUCUUUUGUGUUUGUGUCAAAAACCCAAAUGAAAUUGACCAUGGUUCAUGUUAAAAGGAGUAAAAAGAGGAAACUUCCAAGGGGGGAUGAAUAUUUUUUAUAGACACUGUAUGCAAAUACAAAUAUGUUUAGACCCUUAAAAAUUGCAAAAUUAAUAUUUAUGGUUACAAAUGACCAAACUACACUGCCCGGCCAAAAAAAAGUUGCACACUCUAAUAUUUUGUUGGACCGCCUUUAGCUUUGAGAACGGCACUCAUUCGCUGUUGCAUCAUUUCGAUAACUUCUGCAAUGCCGCAGCAUUUAUUUCUGUUCAGAGAUGCAUUAAUUUUUCACCAAGAUCUUAUAUUGAUGAUGGGAAAGUCGGACAGCUGCGCAAAGUCUUCUCCAGCACAUCCUAAAGAUUCUCAGUGGGGCUGAGGUCUGGACUCUGUGGAGGUCAAUCCAUGUGUGAAAAUGAUGUCUCAUGCUCCCUGAUCCACUCAUUCACAAUGUGAGCCCCAUGAAUCCUGGUAUCCUCAUCUUGGAAUAUGCCCAUGUCAUCAGAGAAGAAAAACUCCACUGAUGGAAAGACCUGGUCAUUCAGUAUAUUCAGGUAGUCAGCUGACCUCAUUCUUUGGGAACAUAACGUUGCUGAACCUGACCAACCCCAGAUCAUAACCCUAAACCCCACAGGCUGGUAGGCACUAGCCAUGAUGAGUUCAUUACUUCAUCUGCCUCUCUUCUUACUGUGAUGCCCCCAUCACUUUGGAACAGUGUAAAUCUGGACUCAUCAGACCACAUGACCGACCAUGUUUGUUCCUGGAAGACGAUGGUUCUCCACUAUCCAUCCAGGUUUUAAUAAUGCAUUGGAUGGUUCUUAACCUGAUUUUAGUAGUUUUAGAAAUCUCCUUAGUUGUUUUCUUUGCUUGAUGCAGGCCAAUAAUUUGACUCUUCUGAGACAGAUUAACAUUCUUGCCAUGACCACAGGAUAUGUCUUCCAACAUGGUUGUUUAAGAAAUGAAAAGCUCCUCACUGCAUCAGCUAAGGUUAAAUAAGUUGUUGCAGCUGAAACAUAUUCAUCACUGCAGUAAUUAUCCAAUGGAAAGCUCUUACCUUUUUGUUUGGUUAAUUCCAGGUGCUGACUUUUUUUUUUUUUUUUGGACAGGCAGUGUAUUAUGGUGGUAUGUGCCUCAACCAUUAUUAUAUUGGGUCACCCCAACAAUCAAAAUCUAUUUCAGAAGUAUGGCACAAUUCAUUGUGGUUUCAACAGUUUUUUUGUUUUGUUUUUUUUGCUUGUUGGUUUAUUUUUGUACUAUGUGAAUCAUCCCCUGUGGGCAAAGAAGAGUGCUUGGACCGGAAUUUUAAGUUGUAUCUGAAAUACUUUUACAAAAAAAGUUCCCUUAUCUAGUUACUGAUGCUCAAAAACCAAAAAAUCUAAAUCUGAUUUUGUAAAUAUAUACAGCUUGGUGGUCAGUGUGGUCUAAUAAUUAUUUCCCAAGCUGUAUACAGACAGGAGGUGUCAGCUUUCCCCAUCACUCUUGACCCAGUAGUAAAUGGGAUUACAACUGACUUCAAAAUGGUGGUUACAUCACAAAAUCCCUCUCACAUGUACAUUUCUUUUUCUCCUAUUAAAGGUGAACACAGAGAAGCUUUUACUUUUCAACAGAUGAAUGCAAAAACAGUCUACCAAAAUCUGCUCAUAACAUUGUCCUGCACAGUGAAAGUCAAACAUUCAAAUGAACGAACAAGGAGUAAAAGGCAUUUCUGGGCAGAGGAGUACCUCAAAAAUUGUAUGAACAAGAUGGAUUAGUGCCAAAACAAUUCUAAUUUUAUUUUGAAAUUCCAUUCCUUCAAUCAAAGUAACUGUUCUGUGCUCCGACAUAAUACUUAUUAAGUAAACAUUAACGGUCCGUGUAUAUUUUGGCAAUUGGAUUUUCCACUCUCAAACAGGUAUUGAAAAACAAAAAACGAGAGGUUAUUUGAUUUUCGUUUUAAAAUACAAAAAUUAAAAUUGAAAUACAAGGCGUUUUUCCUUUUCAUGAUCAAAAAGGGAUAUACGAAAUUUUAAUCCACAAGGUUCUUUCAUUCCAACUGCUGGAACAUUAAAUAUUAGAGUGAACACAGCAAAAUAUGAGUGGAACACAAUAGAGUGUUCUGUUUUUGUUCUAUAUUUUAAUCUUAUGGAAAUGUUUGUUUUCCUGGUUGAGGCGAGAGACCAUUUUACUGCCUUAGAUGGACAAUAAAGUUCAUUCUAUUUUAUUCUAAUGUAUCAUUAGCAUUUACAUGAGCUCCACAGUUAUCUGACCAUACACUGUUGUAGAGAAAAAAACAACCAAAGAACAGAGAUAUUAACUCAGAACUGAACUGAGAGAUUAACAUUCAUCAGUAACAGUUCUGUGGAGGAACAUAAACGUAGAUUUAUUUAUAUCUGCUGAUCAUUAAUACAGCAGUUAUGGAUGAUUGAUCAGCUGUGAUCUGCAGGAAACUUAGCUACAGCUUACAGUUAAUUAGUUUAUGACACCGACUAACCUGAUUUAGCAUUAGUGUUAGCACUAAAUGAGGAAACGCAAUCUCAGAUUCACAGAACAACUUUAAAACACGAUGUUAGAACAUGUUUAUAUCAGAGGUUACAGUCUGAUGUUAACUUACAGUAACUUUACUGCUUUAUAUGUGAUGUUGUCCAGAUGUGGAGAAGAGUACAACUAGUUACAAAAAUGACUUACCUGUAGAGUUUAUCAUCACUUUUGGAGGCUAACGUUAUUAGCAGCAGCGUUGGUAAACAACAGAAAUAAACAAAUGUGGGCGGGACAGAGAGUCCUCGGCUCUCGGUCAGUCUGACCAAUCACUGUUCUCCGGUUCUCGGUCAGUCAGACCAAUCACUGCUCUCCGGCUCUCAGUCCGACCAAUCACUGCUCUCAGAUUUAACUGUCUGUAGUUCCAUUUUGAUGGAUGCUAAAUUUUCACUGAAAGCCAGGAGCUGGGACUUUAAAAUAACUGCCGUCUCGUUACAGAGUGAAAGUAGCAGUUCCUCCUUAAGGUCAGAGAUUGCAGCAUCUGAGGGCCUCUUCAAAAGAAGACGUAGUUGAUGAAGGCGUUCUGGAGCAGGACCAGAAAGACCACGACCAAGCAGCCUUGAGAUCUUAGGCAGCGACUCCCUCAGGUCCCUCCCUAUCUCCCCACACAUCCACCAACCACUGGAACACAUCUCCAAAGUUCUGCCGGGCCAGCUCAGCUUCCCCUCAGAAGAAGUGCCGCCACCUGCCAGAUGAAGGAGCCUUUGGAGAGGCAGCUCGCAUCGUGAUUGGACUGUACUUUGGUCUGUUCCAAUCCAGCUUCAGCUCCAAAGACGGCAGGCAGGACGAGCCAACGGAGGCCGGGUGGACGAAGGCAUGCAGCUGAGUACAAUCCAGAAAACAACAGAGGAGGAGUGCAGUGGCCCAGGGCCAGAAAAAACAGAGUAGUCAAAGUCAAAGUCAGCUUUAUCGUCAAUUCUUCAAUAUGUACAUGACAUACCAAGAAUCGAAAUUACGUUAUGUUAUGAGUGGCACAGUAUGUCUCUUAGAAAACAUCAUAGUAUAGCCUUUGAGAUGAAAAAACGCCAUAAUAUACAUCGUAUAUUGUACAAAUAACAAGUCAAAGGAAAGAGACAUACAUUGUAGAAUUGUAGUUUUUGUGGGCUGACUGAUUUACUGAUUAUCAGUAUGUUAUUUUUUACUGAUUUACGGUAAUAAAUACAUUUAAAAAUGGC